CCGACUUGAUCGAUUUUGAAGUGGCGACAAUUGAUGACGUAAUCAUCAUUGGACAGUGUUUUCUUGUGCUAUAGAAGAUUUUUUGUUUUCUUUUGAAGCGUUGUUCUAAAAAAAAAAAAAUAGCUGCAUUUUGACUACAUAUUAUAAAAUGGCUGACUACUGGAAGUCACAACCAAGAAAAUUCUGCCAAUAUUGCAAAUGCUGGAUUGCCGACAAUAAGCCGAGCAUCGAGUUCCACGAGAGAGGCAAGAAUCACAAAGAAAAUGUGGCAGCAAAAAUAUCAGAGAUCAAAAAGAAGAGCAUCCAAAAGGCAAAGCAAGAGGAGCGCAUGUCCAAACAGUUUGCAGCCAUGGAGGAGGCAGCCGUCAAGGCCUACGAGGAAGAUCUGAAGAGGAUGGAGAGGGAAUCCCAAGGAUUCAGUUACCCGGUCAAAGCACCCACUUCGCAGCCGCAGCCUUUGGUAAUGCCACCUAAAGCAGCGCCGCAACAUCAGCCCAGAAAACAGCAAAAGAAAAAAGAAAAAAUGAGCAGGAAACCCAGAGAGCAGCCCACAGCACGAGUUUGGGUGGAGGGAUUCGCAGAGAAUGGACACAUGUAUUAUUAUAACACAAUAACUGGAGAAUCUCAGUGGGAGAAACCAGCUGAUCCCCCAGGAGAACCUUCAACUUUUGUCCCGCCUGAGAGAUCUUUCAGUUCUGCUUGGAUGCCAGCUGUUAGUCCCGAAGGCUUCACGUACUACUACAACCCAGAAACUGGAGAGUCCAGCUGGGAAAAGCCUGCAGAUUUCUCCUCUGGUGAUCCGUCUGGAGCAAACAAAACGGAGGAGGAGAGCAAAGAGGAGCCUUUGGCCCCCCAGCCGGAGCCACUUUCUGGAGGGGCGGAAAGCUCCAACGGAGCAAAUCAGGAGGAGGCACGGGUCCCAGAAGAAGCCAGCCAGCAGUCAACAGUCCCAAAGAUCAGUUUCAGGAAGAGAAAAGCUGAACCUGAGCCCACCGAAAAGGAGGAAGAGGAUAAAGUCGACGACGAUGGUCCUAAGGAGGAAGAAAAAGAGAUCAAACAAGAGGAAGAGGCGAAAGCCACAACAGCUGAAGCUGAGAAGAUAGAAGAGAAGGCGACGCCAGUACAGGCGCCAGUCCAGACGCAACCCAGAAGACGGAGAGCUGCUAAUCCAUAUGGGGCCUGGGAAAAGGUCAAGCAGGAAAAGGACCCGUAUGCUAAUGUGGACCUACAGCUGCCACAGGUGGAGGCGAGCACGGCCAGCGCUCCAACCGAACUCCCCCCAGAGCCCAAGCCGAAGUUCAAGGAGCGCAUCAUCACUUCCCUCGGGGAAGAAGGCGGACCCGCUUCGUUUAGGAAACCCAAAUCACAGAACGGCAAAUCCAGGAGCCUCAGACAGAGAGACGAAGACGACUGAAAACUUCAGAUUGAGACUUUAUACACAAAUAAAACUUGUUUUUUUUUAUAUGUUGAUCCAUUUAAUUCACAUAUUUAUUUGUGAAAUCUAAAGUUUAAACCCUGCUUAACCAGAACCAUUGAAAUUAGGCCAUUUUUUUAACAAAUAAGAGAAUUUUUGUAAUUGUUUUUUCUUCUUCAGAUUUCUGUCAUUUAGAUACAGCUUCGUAUUUUCUUAACUUUUAGUUUUAUUUACAUAAAGUGCUUUGCCAAUAAAGAGCAGUAAAAACACA